GAUUCAUAAAUGCAGAAAAGCUAUAUUGUUUAUUUUUUGUUCAUAGUUUACUAAUACAACCUUAUCAUAAAGUGUUACCAAUUUAUAUAUACAGCUCUAUUCUACCGUGUUGCAUUGCAUAGCAGUGCUUUACAAGAAAGACCAAUGACAAGAAACCAAAGCUCCAAUUCUGUGCAACUAAUAAUUAUUGUUGUUGACACUAUACAGGUAUAUGCUUACUAGCUUUGCACGCUAUGAGUUUAGGUUAAAUCAACAUAGCUGGGGAGUUCCUAUAUGAUUUUUCUCAUCAAAGACUUCCUUGACCUCUUACUGACAGUAACUCGGGUUGGGAGAACCGGUCGGACGGCUGCGAGUUGAUAAUGUAGUGAAUUACACAGCUGCUUUCAUUAUUCACAGCAGAUACCAAAGGUAAACAUGUGGAGCUCUGUGUGGCCUUGUGGCUGCUGCUGCCAGUGUUGCCCUCAGAAGGAGGAUAGUGUGAAGACGACCAUCAGACCUAAGUUUAAACAUAUGUCAAUAUAUGACUAUACAUCUCGCACAAACUCGGAUAUAGAUCUGAAAAAAGGAGAUAUUCUGGAGAUUAUUGAAGAGAAUGAGCAUUGGGUGUAUGUGAAGAAACGCACAGAAAAGUCUAGAGGCUUUAUUGAGGAAGAAGGCUAUGUGCCUAGGGACUUUCUUAAACCUUCGAAUAGCUUGGAAGCCAAGCCAUGGUAUUUUGAAAAUGUUAAAAAACGUAUCGAGGCGAAGAGAUGUCUGAUGAGACCAGAGAACGAUGAAGGUGCUUUCCUCGUGUGGAAGUCAGAAGAAAACAAUCAGUAUUACCUAUCAGUGAAGAACAGCCUUCAUGCUCGACAUUACAGGAUUAAGCAAGGAGAAUCUAACCGGAGGUUUUUCCUUGUUCAUCAUAAACCCUUCAAGACCCUGCCUGAGUUGGUCAAAUUUUACUCUGAAGCCCAGAACGGACUCUGUGUGAAACUCAGCAAUCCCUGUGUAAAGCUGGAUUUGCCGGCUCCUCCCACACUUUCCUAUCAAUUACAUCGAGAGAUAGACAGAAGUUCAUUAACCAAAAUCAAGAAACUUGGCAGUGGAGAGUUUGGAGAGGUGUGGCAUGGGAAGUGGAACGGGACAACAGACGUGGCCAUUAAAGAAUUUAAAGAUGUCAGUCCAAAUAUCAGCACAGAGAUUGAAAUCAUGAUGAAUCUGCGCCACGAGCGUUUGCUGCAGCUGUACGCCGUCUGUACGACUGGUGAACCUUUCUGUAUCGUCACAGAGCUCAUGAAAAAUGGCAGUUUAAAGAAAUUUCUCAUUGACCACAAAGAGGAACAAGAUGUGGAGUUUUCACUCAUGAUGGACUUUGCAAUCCAGAUUACAGAAGGAAUGAUUUACCUUGAGAAUAAAAUAGUUCACCGAGAUCUAAGAGCUGAAAAUAUUCUCCUGACCGACAUGCAGUCCUGUAAAAUAGCUGAUUUUGGACUUGCAGAAUUUACUCUCACUGGAAACCCCAAAAUAGCAUCAGAUGUUCGGCUCCCUGUGAAAUGGAUGGCCCCUGAGAUAUUCGACCAUAAAGCCUACACAAGCAAGAGUGACGUCUGGUCUUUCGGGAUCCUCUUAACUGAAAUCGUCACAUACGGAGAUGAUCCAUAUCCUGGCCAAGACAAAAUGACGUACCUCCGAGGCAUUAAAAAAGGACAUAGGAUGGCGCGACCGGCGGGCUGCCCAGAAGCACUUUAUGAAAUUAUGCAGCUGUGUUGGAGAGCAAAUUCUGCAGACCGACCCACGUUUACAGAACUACGGGAGAAAUUGUUAGCUCUCGUUCACGAACCUGAACUCGAAUGAACAAUUUACAAAUAAGACACUUUAAACUAUAGCUUAUAUGUAACCAAUGUGUAUCUAUUUACAGAAACUGCCUGCAUAUACAGGUAACCACACAUAUCUACUGAAAUAACACUUCACUGAAAUAACAAAUCACUCACAACUUUCAGAGAAAUAUGACCUGGGGUCAACUGCAUAAACAUACCAGCUGGUACUUUAAGUUUUAAGGAUAUUUCCCUAAAAACAAAAAACUUUGUUAUUAUUUACUCUCUUCAUCCUCAUCCUGUUUGAUCCCCCAGUGUUUUUAUUAUUAUUUUUAUUAUUAUUAUUUAAGUGUUUUGGGGGGUUUUCUGGUUACCAUGGGAGUAGAUGGUGACCACCUCUUCAUGCGUCAAAAGGACCCAAAAGUGUUAAAACUCCACUCAAAUCAUGCCGUACAUUUUACAUCUCCCAAAGAUAUACAAAAGGUUUAGUAAAAAACAAACACAGUUCAAGUUGAGUUAUUUAUUUACCACUUUUAGGCCACCACCUCAGUCACCAUUUACGUCCAUAGUAACCAGAAAACACAAAUCAACACAUUUAAAAAAAUCUGUGUGUGGGUUCUGAAAAAUAAAGAAAGACAACAGGGGUUCAAACGACAUGAUGGUAAGUUUAAAAGUAAGACAAAGCUUUCGUUUUUGGGUAAAAUAUCUCUUUUUAAGGACUACUAGUCUGACCAACUAGCAAUCGGUAUGGCUUAUCAUUCGUGCCUUUCCAUGUAACUGAAUAAAAAAAAAGAUAUGACCUUUCUUGAAAAAAAGAUGACUAACUUGUGAGACUUUUAUGCAUCUGAUCACCGGUGGUAAUCUUGACAGGUUUCAUUCUAUUAUUUGUACAAACUGUGAUCUCUUAAACAGAAUACUGUAUAUCUCAAGCAGCACUUUAGUAUUAUUAGUUGUGAUUAAAGCGUGUUAAGAUUCGGAACAAGAUGUUUCGAUAUUGCCAAGAAAAAAAGAAGUAUUUCAUUUCUGACUGAUAAAAUCAUCUGUGAGUAAUGCUGCUAAAUUACUGAAUGAUUGUUUGACUCUUGUUUGCUGUGAAAAUGAAAUCUGAUCAUUCUGAAUGACUUGUGGUCAUAUUGUGAUGAAUGUAAUGUUUUAUAUGCACUUUUAUUGAAGGAUCUACUACUUUCUGUGACUUGAUUAAAACCUUGUAUUCUUUUAAAUA